CUGGCGAGUGGUGCGCGUGCCCGUCCGCCACCAUGUCCACGUCCACGUACGCCUACUACCAAGAGGAGCCGCGCACGCCCAAGCGCUACUUCAACCUGGGCGUGCUGUCGUGCUGCAUCGGGGGCCUCGUGUUCAGCGCCGGCAUCAUCCUCGUCGUGCUCGGCUCGUCUCCGCAGGAGCCCGAGGCCUUGUGGAUCGCGGGCAUCGUGCUCCUGCUGGCCGGGGGCCUCCUCUUCUUCCUGGGCAUCGGCUCCAUCGGCCUGUACCUCGCCAAGGAGGACCGGCGCAAGCGGGAAGCCGCCCGCACCCGCACGCGCAACUACACCUCUAGUCUGCGCUCCAGCGACGUCGUGCUCGUCGAGUGAAAGCGCUCUAGGCCGCUGUCGACCCCGUCUAGACACGGCUUCCGGUCGUCUGUCGCCGGCAGGCUUGGGAGGGCCGCUCGACGACUGCUUCCGGAACUCUCGCACGCCCCCCGAAUCGAAAGACACUGUCCACUCGAGGAACCGUGCGGAAUUUUGUAGCGAGGAAUAUCGCGAACUGAUUCGAGCGAACGAGCCUUGUCAGGUAAAAGGAAUGUAAAAGGUUCUAUAGAGGGCCACGUGUAGCCCAGGGUUUGGGUCUCACAAUGUGCCGUUGACCUUUUUUUUUUUCCUUUUUUUUAAGAAGAUCUUGCGGGUUGCGCAAGAUGACCCUGCCAUUUUGUAGAAAACUAUCGUCCGUAUAAUGCAGUAGCGAAGCUCGACGCGCCUGUUGCCUAUAGGUACUAGCAGUGCUAGACUCGUGCAUUUCAUCGGAGGUUUGUUUUUAUUUAUUCUAACAACGACCAGAUAGAAACGUUCAUACGCUUCCCUUUCUGUGUGACGACCCGAAGUCAUGUUCAUAGCAUUUCUCCU